AUGGCAGAUAUCCACAGUCAUAAAGCUUUCUUAUGUUUAGCAUCCACAGAUAAACAGAAAGGUGUGCCAGUGAAACAGAACACAGCUGUAAAUUCCAGCUCCAGAAACCACUCGGCUACGGGAGAGGAAAGAACACUAGGCAAGUCUAAUUCUAUUAAAAUAAAAGGAGAAAAUGGAAAAAAUGCUAGGGAUCCCCGGCUUUCAAAGAGAGAAGAAUCUAUUGCAAAGAUUGGGAAAAAAAAAUAUCAGAAAAUUAAUUUGGACGAAGCAGAGGAGUUUUUUGAGCUUAUUUCCAAAGCUCAGAGCAACAGAGCAGAUGACCAACAUGGGCUGCUAAGGAAGGAAGACCUGGUGUUGCCAGAGUUCCUCCGUUUACCUCCUGGUUCCACAGAACUCACCCUCCCCACUCCAGCUGCUGUGGCCAAGGACUUUAGCAAGAGAAGCGCCACAGACAACGGCUGGGAGAGCGCCUCCCAGCCCGGCGAGCAGUGGGAGCCGGCCCCGGAGAGCAGCGACAGCCCGUCCACUAGCCCGGGCUCAGCCCUCAGCCCCCCUGGACCUCCUGGGAUGACCCCCCCUGGGCAGAAGUCUCCCAGUGGUCCCUUCUGCACUCCCCAUUCCCCCGUCUCCCCCGCGCAGGAGGGCACCGCGCAGAUCUGGAAGAGGCAGUCUCAGGAAGGGGAGGCCGGGGGCAUCCAGAUGGUGGAGGAUGAGCACGUGGCCGAGCUGACCCUGAUGGGGGAGGGGGAUAUCAGCAGCCCCAACAGCACCUUGCUGCUGCCGCCCUCCACCCCCCAGGACGUGCCAGGACCUUCCAGACCAGGAAGUGGGACCCAUGGCAGCCGAGGCCUCCCAGUCAACAGAAUCAUCGAUGUGGAUCUUGUAACUGGCUCGGCACCCGGGCGGGAUGGUGGCAUAGCGGGGGCACGGGCUGGCCCUGGGAGGUCGCAGGCCAGUGGUGGGCCUCCUACGUCAGACCUCCCUGGCUUGGGCCCCGUCCCGGGUGAGCCUGCUAAGCCCAAGACCAGCGCACACCACGCCACCUUCGUCUGAGCUGCCCUGGCCUGGCCAGCUCUCCUGUGGACAUGUCGGGGUGGGGCAGCCCAGGUGGAUUCUGUGGGCCUCAGAGGGGCCACCCUGGCCUCCACACCCUCAGGAGCCCAGCCAGGAGGGCAGGGGGUGACCUCGCUGGAGGCACUGGCCCCGGACAUUCACCAUGCUGGCCAUGGGGCUCCCUGGCCCUGGCCCCCUGCUGCCCAAUAAAGCAUUUCUGAGGA